AUGUCAGCACCAAGAGAACCCAGAAAGAAGACCACCAGAAGAAAGAAGGACCCUAAUGCUCCAAAAAGAGCGUUGUCGGCCUACAUGUUCUUCGCCAACGAGAACAGAGACAUAGUGCGUGCCGAAAACCCAGGUGUGACGUUUGGCCAGGUCGGACGUAUCUUGGGUGAGAAAUGGAAGGCCCUCAACGACGAUGAAAAAGUGCCUUACGAAUCCAAAGCCGAGGCCGACAAGAAACGUUACGAAUCGGAGAAGGAGCUUUACAACGCUACUAAGGCCUAG